UAUUUAGUUAUGGUAGUGUAGUCAUCUUAACACCCCUUCACCCUCCCUAACGAAUCUACGACCUAGCUCCCGCACAACAAAUGAGCUGCCGUCCCGCAACGAGGCUUUAUGUGUCUGCUUCUUCUUCUUUAGCCCCAUUCUUACCCCCCAGUAUCUCUAUAGAUAGUCUUUCCUUGUUCCCAUAUGAGCAGACAUGUAAAACGCUUCAAAUGGCGCCCAACGUGGGGCGUGUUAUUUCUACCCCCUGACCCCAUUAGCAUGUGCCCACUACCAUAUCCCUUUAGCCUCCUUUCGGUCUCAUUUGUACUACAACUGUUAGGCAGUGCCCGUCUUGGGUAGCCGAUCUCAGUUUGUGGUGCAAGUGUUUCCGAUAACAUGGAAGCUCGACUCGUGUCAUGUUUUGUAUGCCCAUUGUUACAAGUCUAGCUUGUAGACAUGUUCAACUAGUAGUUAGCCUAUCUACUAGUCCCCAAUAUCUUUAGCCACCCCCCCACUUAGUGUUACGCUUGUAAUACUUGUAACGUACACCCUGAAGUUUGACCCGAGUAAAUAUCGCCCAAGUCUUCCCAUGUAGUUUAGCCCAGAUUCCUCUUGUCUUGCCCCCCCGAAACUGUUUCAUGUCUUUUAGUGCCCCCGAAACUGUUUCAGUCUGUUAGUCCCCAUGAAAGAGCCCAUUUUUGUAGUUUUUGUUGCAAAAGUUAAUAAUUUUUCCAAAGAGGUGUAAGUAUGUACACAUUUUGUUGUGAUGUUGAUUUGGUCAUGCUGUUGAUUGUAUAGGCAUGUACCAUUUCAUACAUCAUAGUGUAUUUAACUUGUAACCCCAUAUGUAUACUGGUAUUGUAUUGUAUUGUAUGUAUCGUAGAACAGAAUUGUAUGUUAUUGUAGCGUACUAACUGUAUUGUAUUGAUAUUGUACCCAUGAUGAAAGCAUUGAUUUGAAUUUUUUUGAAAAUAUUGAUGAAAUAUAUAGACAAACAGUUGAAUAAAAAAGUAACGUAAAAUUUUUUUUGAAAAUUUUGAUUAAAAGUAACGUUAAAUAUUUUGAAUAUUGAAUCCAAUUAUGAAGUAUAACAGUAUGUUGUAUUUUUUGCAUGUAUUCCUAUAGAUCAACAGUUUUUUACAGAAUAACCGUUUUUUGUGAUUAUUGAUUUGGUCAUUUGAGUAGAUGUGUAAUGUUGUUGGUAUGGUCCGUGUAUGAGCUUAGCCCCGUAUAGUCUGUGUGAGAGUAGUCCCUUGUUUUUCCAGCGAAGCCUAUCUCUGUUGGUGUAUGUCAUGCCACAGGUUAGUUGGAGAAGUCAUCCCAUUGAGAAGUCAUCCCCUUGAGAAGUGGCCCCGUGAAGAAGUGAAGAGGGAAACCGUGGAGAGGCCCCCCACUUCUGUGUUUUUUUCAAGCAGCCAGGAGAAAAGCUGUCACUUUUAGAUUUGAAGAUAGCGUUCUCUGUCGACACUGUUUGAGAAUAACUGUCUUGAAGUGUAGAAGUUAGCCCCUGAAAAAGCCCCCCCCUUGUCUGUGUUGCCCCUUGUUUUUUUUUUUUUUUUUGACUAAUCUAUCUUUGAAGGUGUCAAAAGGAUGCCAGAGGUUAGUUAAAAAGAGCCCGUGAAGUAGUAGUUGAAGUCUCCCCCCCAGUGAAGUAGUUGAAGUCCCCCCGUGAAUGAAGUAUGUCUUUUUGUAUCUGACAUGUCACAAGUGUAAUACUCGUGAUGAAGGAAGUGUUGUUCAGCUAUCUGUGAACACUUUCAUUAGUAGUCGGAGCAAGAAAUGUCUUAUCCCGUGUGAGCUCAUAUAGGAACCAAAUUUCAAUAUUGUUUGUGUUUGUAAGCCCCUGAGUAUAUCUAGAAGUCAAAAAGUAUGUUGUUGUCUGUUUGUUUGUCUAUCCCUGUUUUGUCUGGAAGUUUUAGAGCCCAUUGUCUGUUGUCCCGUGUUGUCUAUUAGCCUGUGUUGUCUAUUAGCCCGUGUUGUCUAUUAGCCCGUGUUGUCUAUUAGCCCGUGUUGUCUAUUAGCCCGUGUUGUCUGUUAGCCCGUGUCCGUGCUGGAGUUUGAUUUUUUUUGGCGAAUAGUUAGUUGACCUCUCUUCUCUUUGUUGAUUGAAAGUAGGCCAAGAGCAGAAGCUGUGACAAGGCUGGUGAGGUUAGGAUCUGGCCGCGUUGAGUACAGGUGAAGCUUGCUUUCGGUCGAUAAAUGGAAGCGGUUGUUCGUCAGAACUGUCAUACUUUCCAAUGUCCCUUUGGUCUUCCCCUUGCGUGUUGCUUUCACCCCCUGUUUUGAAAAAGUAGCCCCCCGUUUUGAAAAAUAAAGUCCACCCCCAGUCUUGAGAAAUGAAAUGCCCCCAGUUUUGAAAAGUAAGUCUAUCCCCAGUUUUGAAAAGUAAAGCCCAACCCCCCUGUCUUGAAAAAUGAAGUCUAUCCCCUGUUUCGAAAAGUGAAGUGUAGCCCUGUUUUGAAAAUGAAGUCUUUCCCCAGCUUGUGAUUUGAAAAUGAGAGAGUUGUCUAGUGAACGUUCAUGAAAGGUUCUUAUGUCCUGGAUUGGACUGUUGAUUGAAAACGUAAUGAUGUAGUGUUCUCUAUAUCAUAUGUUGCGUUCAUUUCCCUUAGUCUUGUUUAAAAAGUUUGAUAUCCUGUUUGAACCCAGUAUACUAGUCUUUUUGGUCUUUUGUUGUUGUCACACAUACCCCCUCCCCCUUGUUAGUCUUGUUUUGAUUUUAGCCCUUGUUGUUGUCAUAUACCCCUUUGUCUAGCCCUGUCUUGUUUGAAUGAGUUGUUGAAGUAAGUUGUUGGUGAGAUUUUGUCUCACUGAGGUGUUUAGACUGGAUUGUCUAAAUCCUCGUUUUGCAGAACCGUUGCCGAAAUGUCCCGUGAAACUCGCUAGGUGUUAGCAGAGUUUGGGCAGAUGUUUAUCUGUCAAACAUCAACUUUUUAGUUUUUGUGAACCGCUCGCGGUUAGGCAACGAGGUGACAAGGCUGUGUCUGCCCUGGUAUGUCACUUGUGUUACUGCUGUGGAUGUCAGCGAGGUCCACACAGGGCACAAGUUUAGUUUCUUUCCCAAGGCACAGAAACUCUUGUCACCUACAGUUCUUUGUAGAGUCAAGAAACAUUUAAGUCUACUCGACUUUAAAGAGUCUGGCGAUUGAUGGCACGCUAGCCCAAUCCCUAACGACUUUUUUGUUUUGUUUAAUCCCCACUAGCCAUUAUCUAAAUAUUUUGAUAUUGUUGUCCUGUCACACCUAAGACGUCCAUGUUGGAUUUUUUUCUGUUUGUUAUCGAAAACUGGAUAAUCUUAUCCAGGUUUCUCUUUUGCGCGGAGGCUUUGUAACGUUUGAAAAAACUCCAACAUUAAUUUAAUAUCCCAAUUCCCAAAAAGAAUGUCUAUUUUUUUAAUUUAUUUUGUGAAGUUCAAUAUCAUUAUAAGAUCCCAAGCCGACCCUGUAUACAGCCAUGAAGUAUUGCAGCAACAUUUCAAUGUGUUACAAGAUUCCUGUUUAUUUGAGACGCAAAAACAGAAUUUGUAAGAAGUGUUGACAAAAGUACAGUUCUAAUGCGUAGAUGAACUUUCUAGAACAAAUCUUGAACUGAAAGUUGAGUUCUUGUCAACUAAGCAUCCCUAAGGAUCAAAAUCGCUCGGUACUUCCGUCGUAUUUUCCCCGAUCUGUGGCUUCAGACCGAAGCGCAGAUCAGUCCGGUUUGAUUUCUUCAAGCGUGAAGAUCGCUUGCCGACUCACCCCAAAAGGGCGUGGUGCCUUUUGUUACCCGCCGGUAAAGGGUAUAGUAUGUCGUUCUGGAAGAUCUAGUGUGAGGGCACGAUGUUUUUUUUACCCCGUAGUGAAGUUGGGUGCUCUUACACUGUGUUUGAGUUGUGACGCAGUACUAUACGCCGGCGUGGUAUGAAGUCCCUGUAUCUUGUCCAAGUUCCUGUUUAAAUGAAGUCUUCCGAGUCCCGAUUGAUGUCCUGAUGUAGACAUUUUGAGUUCCAGUCCCGUGAUGUUUAUCCAGUUGAUUGCCCCGAAAUAAAAAGGAAGCCAUGAAGCCCACCUCAGGUCGAUGACCCUGCUUGUUUGUAGAUGAACCCCCUUUCCGUGUAGUUUGUGACGUGUGAUAAAGGAUUUUGUUUAAAUAUGUUUUAGUUCAGAAGAAAAGAAAGAAUAUGGCAUAGAAGCCAAUAAUAAGGAAAGAUGUUGUCCCAAUGUAACCCCAAAGAGGAAUCAAUGAUGAUUGUCCCCCCGAUUGGUACCCGUAAGUAAGAAAGUAUCCAGUAAGUACCCAUAGGUGAAAUAGAGGAUUUAUUUCAAACGGCGUCCCUUUUUGUUAAAUAGUAGAAAGAUCCUCUAGUCAGAGUCUCUAUGAUGACUGACACUCUGGAUGGAGACGUUUCGACAGGGUGUGUCACGCACAUAAAAAAGGAAUUGGAUGGCUUUCAUGAAUGCUCUCCAUCAAAUAGCGACAUGUAUUCCCCCACAACGACAACUACGACAGUCUUAAAUGAUAAUUGUAUUAAGUCUUCAAACAGUGAGGUCGACUUUCACGAAAAAAGUUAUGACCGAAAUAUCAGAUCUCCGACUAGUCCUGAACGGCAGUAUUGUUCUUCAACGACUCAACCUCAUACAGACUCAGGGAUAGGACACAUGGAAGGAGAAAUUAAAGAAGAAGAUUCUCCUCGAAGAUUAUGUCUUGUUUGUGGAGACGUAGCUUCGGGAUUCCAUUAUGGAGUAGCUUCUUGUGAAGCGUGCAAAGCAUUUUUUAAAAGGACGAUACAAGGUAAUAUAGAAUACACAUGUCCGGCUUCUGGUGAAUGUGAAAUUAACAAAAGAAGACGGAAAGCAUGUCAAGCCUGUAGGUUUCGAAAAUGUCUACGAUCUGGUAUGUUAAAAGAAGGCGUUCGAUUGGAUAGGGUGAGAGGCGGCCGACAAAAAUAUCGGAGGAACCCGGACAGUCCUUAUCAAGUACAAGUAGUUACUGCACAGAGGCCAAUGCUUAUUUUAGAAGAUAUAAAAAUGUUAGAAGCACUAGCAGGCUGUGAGCCCGAUUGUUUCGAAAUCAACAAAGCACUCAAUAACUCCAAACACCGCACCUUGUCCAUUCUUAGUGAUCUGUACGAUAGGGAAUUAGUUGGCAUCAUCGGUUGGGCAAAACAGAUUCCGGGCUUCACCGACUUGUCCCUCAACGACCAGAUGCGACUACUACAAAGCACGUGGGCGGAAAUUUUGACGUUGACGUUGGCUUUCCGUAGCCUAUCACUGAUAGGCAUGGGAAGGUUGCAGUUUGCCAUUGAUUUCACGCUCGACGAAAAAACGUCGAGGGAUUGCGGGUCCUUAGAAUUAUUUCAAACGUGCUGGAACGUUGUAGAAAGGUUAGAUAGAUUAUCUAUAUUAAAAGAAGAAUAUUAUCUUCUCAAAGCCUUGGUUCUCACAAAUUCUGAUGUAAAAUUGGAUGAAUACCAGUCGCUCAAAAAAUUUAGGGACUCAAUUCUGACUGCGCUUUCAGAUACCGUUGGAAUAUUAAGGCCUACAGCAGUUCUGAAUCAAGUCCAACAGCUCCUUCUCUGCCUGCCUGUUUUAAGGCAGGCCAAUUUCGUCAUUAGAAGAUUUUGGUCUGACGUCCACCAGCGAGAUUUAGUACCUAUGAAUAAAUUAUUUUUGGAAAUGUUAGAAGCAUAUUGCCGGUAGCCUUAAUAAAUGUUUAUUGUACUCAGUGACGAAAGAAAUUUUGAUCGUGCUUUUGUAGCUAUCUAACAAAAAAUGUUUUGGUUUUGAAUAUCAUACGUGGGGUUGUCUUUUUUGGUAAUGUUGGAAAAAAUCAAAGAGGCUCAGAUCGGGUAAUAAUAGAGAACGAUUUGCGGUUUUACUCAUACUAACCAUUGGAAUUAAUUAUGACAUGACGUUUUUAGAGUACCCUCUGUGUAACUAGUAGCACCCAAAGGCAAUUCUCAUAUUAUGCCCUCUCAUAUAAUGUUGUUUUUGUAGAUAGCAGGAAAAUCCAAAAGAUCCCGCUCGGGUUUUAACAAUGGAUAAUGUUUAAUAUGAUGUGGUUAUCAUAAGUUGUGACCUCUAUGUAUGAUAUGAUAAACACCGAAAAAGGCAACCCUUAUUAUGUCUUGUAUAUCUCAGGGAACGACUAAAUAAACGAAGUCGUUGCAUGAUACUUAAAAGACCAAAGCAUUUGUUUGAAGUGACUCCUAAAUUAUUUUUGAAUGUUUAAAAAUAAAUGCAGAUCAUAUUUUUUUACGUUGUCACCAAAAAUGUAUAAUAGGUACUACAGGAAAAUUUGUAGUAAAAUAUUCUAAAGGAAACGAAGAUAAUAACAACGGGGUGACAUGUUGAGGAAUGAUUGUAUGACUUCUAUUGUAAGCAAAACAUGAUAAGUAUUUCUCGAAUCUUCAAAUAUAGUCUCCUAUUAAUAUAUAAGUUUUUGCAAUAUACUCUGUAUAUAUUUCAGUCGCUAUAUAGUUUUCCACUCCUACCCCUGGGCUUUUCUUUAAAACCCACCUCGCAGGCGCAUGCGAGGGGGCGGAAAACAUCGAUUUACUAAGAAUCUGUACGCCGCGCCGUAGAAAAAAAUAUUUUAAACCAAAAAUGUAGCUGAGAUAAUUUUGAACAAAAAUGUUUAUUAGCACUUUUUGUGUAGAAUGAACCGUUCUCUCAGAAACAACGCUUGAAGCGACCGGAGAUUUUGAAUUUCAGCUACGCGCACUAAAUAUUUUUUUUUAUAAAAUUUGUAUCAACACGACGGUAAAAAUUCGAUAUCUUUUGAUCAUAAUAUCCUAUCGACAAAAACGAAAAUGCGUUUUAAAGAUGAAGAGUACAGUGUUCGUAUGCAAAUUUUGCAUUUUGGCGAAAAUGAUGUAAAUUUCUAUAAAGCUGCUAAAUAAAUAAACGUUGCGAAAUUUUUGCCAUUUUUUAUGAUUCUCAUAAGAUCAACAAAAUUUAUCAGUUCCAUUGACUGGUCAAUAUUGUAUCAAUAUCUAUUAUUAGAGUCUAAUCUUCAAAGCCUAUCUAUCUCUAUCUAAUCAGCCCUAAACAUGCAUCCUUGGAUAUAGGCCUCCUCUUCCUUCUUCCAUGCCUCUCUAUUUGAGCAAUUUGCAUCCAUUUUGACCCAGCGUGUUUCUUCAGGUCAUCUGACCAUCGCAUCUGUGGCCUUCCCUUUUUUCGUUUGUGGUUCCAUGGCCUCCAAUAUAUAAUCAUCUUAGUCCAUCUUUUAUCCUUCUGCCGUAGUGUGUGUCCGGCGAACUUCCAUUUAAGCUUUGCUACUUGGGUAGAGACAUCUUUCACUUUUGUUUUGUUACGGAUCCAUUCGAUUCUUUUCCUGUCUGAUAGUUUAAUGUUCAGCAUUUGUCUUUCCAUGGCUCUUUCUGUCUUUGCUAUUUUUUCCAUAUUCUCUUUUGUAAACGUCCAUGUCUAAGAGCCAUAUAUUAAAACAGGGAGUAUACAUUGAUUGAAGACUCUUGUUUUUAGGUAUUGCGGGUAUUUUCUGUUCUUUAGAAUAUAAGACAGUUUUCCGAAUGAUGCCCAGGUCAAUCUUAUUCUUCUCUUUAUUUCUUCGGUCUGAUUUUCUUUAUUUAAUCUAGUGAUUUGUCCUAGAUAUAUAUACUCUUUUACUUGUUCUAUUCUUGUUUGUGUCACUGUAAUUACUAGUUCUUCUUGUUGAUUGGUCAUGGUUUUUGUUUUACUGUAAUUCAUCUUCAGUCCUAUCUUUGUCGAGUUUUGGUAACAAAUAUGCACAAAUAUAACCUGCACUUAACUGCUAGCGGAAUAAAGGAAGUUGAAGAACAAACCAUUAAAAAUCUCACACACAAUAAAUAUGCAACACACAACACAACCACGAACGAAAUUAAAAAUUUAAUUUUUUCAAUAAUCACAUGUACGAUAUCGAUUACGCAAACAAACUAACACAAAAUAGCACAGAAGACAGUCAGAAUUUGAUACUCCGUAUAUCCUUAAUAUCAAUUUCAAACAAUUUCUUCUGCCCCAGAUUGCUAUAGGUAUUCUCUCCGUGUGUCUACCCUCUGUUUACAGUCACGUGACACGCUGUCAGAUUUGCGAGGACGUUUUUUACAUUGAAUCAUGGGAUUAUUUUGUUAAACUUAAAUGAUUUAUUUUGUAGUAACAAUAACCGAACACAAUUGUUAGAAUUCAUUAGUUAUUCAUUUAUAGUGUAAUUUAUAAAUUAAAAAUAUUUUUUUUCGUUAAAUAAAUAUUUAUUGACAUAAACUGCGAUAGUAAGGUUAUGUAUACAUAAUCAAAAUUGGAAAGUGAAGAAUUUAUAUCAGAUGAAGUGCGUUUAUUUUCUGUUUAUAUUAAUAGUACAAUAUAUAAUAUAUAUGUAUAUUUGUAUGUUUAUAAUAAUAUCACUAGCGUGAUACGGCAUUUUUCUAAAUGUUCAAUUUAAACGUAGACUAAAUCGUCCUAACAAAAUUUCAAGCAACCACCACCAUGAGCAGGUCGGUCGAUUUUGCUUAGACACUUUGUUAACGCUCUGAGCGAAUAGCCCAUAAGAUCGAGACCAAAAUUUCAUUGUUUGAAAACAAAUACACAACCUAAAAAAAUCAGGUUAUAAAUUCUUCGCAGAAUUUUUUCAACAUUAAUAUCACAAGAUAGUGAGAAUAAUGCGGCAAUUUUUCGAAAACUUGUUACCUGGCAAUAGACACGAGAGCCCGGAGGGCUCGAGUGCUAUUACCGAUUGGAAACAAGUUUUAGAAAAAAAUUGGAGCAAUAUGUCUUAUUUAUUCUUACUAUCGUGUGAUAUUCGACAGAUCGAUUUUUUAAUACUUCUAUAAAAUUCAAGUCUUUGUAUAAAAACAUUCAGUGACAUUUAACCCAGUGAACAAGUCAAAGAACCCAGUCAAAGUGAACAGGACAGUUUAGCAAAUAUUCAGACGAAGAUAUCAAUAACGUAUUAGUUAAAAUUAUUUAUAAAUACAGUUUUAUUCAUGAAAUAAUCUUACAGAAGUACAAUUGAGCGCUUAAGAUUGUCGAUUUGUGUUGUCCUCGUGAUAGUUUGACGUUAGAUGCAGAACUAAAUGUGACAGUUUUCAAAACUAGAAAAUUCGUGGUAAAUAAACAGAAACAAUCUACCAAAAAAUAUUCCCACUGUAAUAAUCUAGGUAGAAAAUUCCCACUAUAAUAAUAAUCUGAUUGGAGAGAAUUAAACACGUGAUGAAAAAUCUUACUACACGAUUGGAAAUUAAAAUCAUUAAAAAAAUAAUCAGAAUCAUUUUCUAUUCUCCUUUUGAGAACGAUUUCCGGAAAUCGUUCAUGGAAAUCGAAACUUCAAAACAUUAGUUAAUUAAAAAUGUAAUUUUCAUUACACCAACAAUUGUGGCUAAAUCCCAUAUAAAAAUAAUACUUAAACCGUAUUUAAAUUGUACCAUAGCGUCAUACAAUCAUCCUAUGUAAAAUUGAAAUCAUUCCUAUGGUAUACAAUGAUAUAAACCAUGUUGAUAACAUCAGACUUUUUUUGUGAUGAAUAUUAAAGGCUGUGAAAACCCCCAGGUCGAUAAAUAUUAACCAUGGCGAAAUGAAUGUAUUUUGUUGUAAGUUGGAGGUAUGUUUUCUAGAUAAAAAAAUGUGUCUAUUAAUUUUAAUCGAUUGAGUAGAUGUAUAGUUUUUUUUAUUUUUCUUUUUUAAUUUUCUUAUAGAUAACUUUAUUAUGAGAAAGGAAGUAUCUUGUGAUAGUGGUAAAUUACGGUUAUUGAUGAAUAAAACACGUAGUUUUUAUUGAUUUAUCUAUUUUAAAUAAUAUGGACAUAUUUAUGACAUUAAUGCUGCAAAAACCAAUUAAUUAUAAAGGGCUCUAACGUGUUUUAGUGCGCAACGUAUUCUGUGUUUAGAUUCUCUACUGUUCUCUUUGCUGUUAAGGUAAAAAAACUAUUGUUACGGUAAAAAGUUUUACCAGUAAUUGUUACGGUAGAUAAUAAUCAAAACUCAACUCAAAUUCAACAUUCAGGCUACUAAGAAUUAACUUUAUCGAGAACCUUAAUCUCCAAGGGGAGUCCACUAACCAAUAAAUAUUCACAUCGAAACACAAAAACAAAAUAUUUAUGGUUCAUAGAUCACUCUUUAACAAAAUACAUCCUGGGGUAUAUGAUUUACAACGUAUUCUACACCAAUUUAAUACAACCGCUAGAAAAUUUAACAUGUUAAUUUCUCUCACACUAUCUAGCUACGGAAAGCUCGAAACAGAAGUGGAAGAUUAAGUAAAUAAAACAAACAGAGCCGCAGGUUACCCGAAUGAAACAAUAUGGAGAAAUAAAAAAAUCGGAAAAACAGUGAAACGGAGAAUUUACAAAACAGUCAUCAGACCAAUAAUGAGAUACGCGGCAGAAACACGACGUACAGAAAAGACAAAAAGAAUGCUAGAAACAGUAGAAAUAAAAAUCCUUCGGAAAAUCGAUAGUAGGAUAAUAUGGGCUAGAAGUGCAGAUAUACGACGGAGAUGCAAGGUGGACAACAUUAAUAACUGGGCAAAAAACAGAAGCGUAGAAUGGAACGACCACAUAAUCCAGAUGACAACAAAUAGAGUAGUAAGGACGACGAGAGACGGUUCCCCAAUAGUAAGACGAUCACUGGGAAGACCACGAAAACGAUGGAAUAACAACUUACUGGAGGCACAUUGAAAAACAGGCAAAGUCAUGUCUACACAAAAAGAAGAAGAAGACUCUUUACCUACAUCUUCUUUUUCCUGAACUUUACGUUGCUUUUCUAAUACACCAACUAUACUUUGUAAACACAUAUAAGAUAUAAAAAUGAAUAUAACCAUUUUCAUUUCGUUGCAACAUGAAGCCAAAGCCGUCUUAUAUUUCAGUUCGUUUAGAGAGCGCUGCAAGCACUCUGACCGAACGGUUUCAAAACUGAUAACGGUUUUUCAUCAGAUAAUACAUAUAAUGCAGAGAGUGCAGCUAUCUCUAAACAAACUGAAAUAUAAGACGGCUUGUGAAAUGAAAAUGGUUAUUAAUUUUUAUUUCUAUUAGUACUAGUCAUAUCUGGGAAUGUAGGGUCCAUUUUUCGUUGGAAUUUUUCCGCGCUGGACAGAUUGGAUAUGAAUUGCCAAUCAUAGAAUUCUUUCAUCUUCUUUUGCUUCAGCAUCCGAUUGGCUUGUAUUUUUAAAAGCCACGGAGGUGUAACCAGAAACAGUUUUUGACUUAAUGUUAUUUUAUAUUUUAUUAAAUUAAAAACUUUGACUUACAUUAAGAUACUUCCUUUACUAGUUUAAAUGAAGUUAUUAUUUUUUAACGUGCACAUUUUCCGGCAGCUCACAACGACCGGUUCUAGUUAAAUAUUUAUCCGGAUUCUAUUUCCAACUUGUCAUAAUGAACUAACCAAUUUUUAUUUUUAGAAAACAGAGCUGCAACCGAUUUGUAAUUAAACUAUAUUUUUAUAAAUAAUCUUUACGCAGAAAACUCUUAGAAACGGCAGUCUCAGAACCUACUGAUCCAAGAAGGCAUGUCUACGAAGUAGAAAGAGUUUGCUAUGAACCAAGGACAAAUCCCGGACAAAAAAUUUCCCCAAAAAAUCUUCAUACAAAAAAUCCCCACAAAAAAUCCCUAGACAAAAAAUCUCCACAAAUUUUUUUGGACAAAAUACCUCCCAAAAAAAUUCCGGACAAAAAAUCCCCAAGAAAUAUUUGCUGCCGAAUACUUCUCAAAAGUUUUACCGUGAACACAAUCGACGCAAAUGUUUUUCAGCCUCAGUGCAUGAGAGCUAUAGCAAUCGUUAUGAAACCGCUUUUCGGCACGAAAAUAAUGAUUAGCAAUUAAGAUUAAGCAUGAAUUGCAAUUUCGAUUACCAAAUUUUGAAUCCAAUUUCCUAUUCCAACUGGUUUUCCCCGGAACGGAUUCAUGCCUAAAACAAAUUUCACAUGACAAAAAUGUGAGUUGUUUUAAAAUCAUGGAAAAUAUGGGGAAUGAGCUAAGACUGCGGGAAUAAUGUUGUAAUUAUUCGCUUAAAUCUUUUUCUCACUCUGCUUUGAAUAACUCUGUUCAAAAUGUUUCCUAUUCGUGGUGAUAACUGCUGGUCCUGAAAAGGACAAUUUUGGUUGUAAUGCAAAAAAACCUGUUCCUUUUUUGUAAAUUUUAGGUCAAAUAUAUUUAGUCAUCAGUUUCAAUUCAAUGCAAGCAACAUUUCAAAAACCUGCUUCAAACGGUUUCAAGAGCAAUGUCUGUGGUCUACGUUUUCAUAACAAAGCUAAACAUUCGUAAAUAUUUCUUGGGGAUUUUUUGUCCGGAAUUUCUUGUGGGGAUAUUUUACCCAAAAAAAAUUGUGUGGACUAUUUGUCCACUAUUACUUUGUGGGGAUUUUUUGACCAGGAAUACUUUGUGGGGAUUAUUUGUCCUAGGUUGACCCAAAAAGGCGUGUCCACGAAGUGGAAAGCGUUUCCUAUUGCGUGGCAUGCACGGGGUUAUGCGCAGAUAAACGUAAUUGGGGAUUUGCGCAGGUUUGGCCGAUUCUGCUGUAAUAAUUUUUUAGAUUAAUCUGUUUUAACAAUUCUUUGAAUUCAAUUUUAUUUAAGAGUGGGCUUUAACUAGAAUAAGAGCUUUAUUGCAUAAUUUUAUUAUAUUUGGUAUAUUUUCGGAAAAGUUGUUAUUGUGGAAAAAAUUGUAAUUUUUAAAGUUGGUUGUAAAAAUCUUUAGUUUCAUUUGUAUUUUUAUAAUAUUGUCUCGAAAAUUUUUCAUAUUUUGUGGAUCUAUGAAUAUAUUACCUAUCCACAAAACUGAUAAAAUAAUGUGGACAUUUUUCACGUUAUAGUCAUUGUUGCGAUUGUUUUUAUGAAAACCUCUACCUUUAUAUGUUUUUAUUUACAUAAUUCUCCCAAAUAUAGUCACUUCGGUGCUACUACAGUGUGCGGUCUACCGUCGCGUUUAUAAACGCAUAAAUAAGAAUUAUUAUUUUAAUUUUACAAAUAAUCCUUUGUUAUUCCCCUAUUUACUAUUCUAGUUGAGAAUAAGCCAAUUUUGUGGCUUAUUCCCAAUUAAAAUAAUAAAUUGAUCUGACACAGUAUUAAUUUGUAGAAUCAAAAUGGAUCUAAUUCUUCUAAUUUAUGCGUUUUAUUCACUUUGUAAAGAACUUCAUUAUAGUGUGCAAACACUUCUGAGAAGAGAUUAAAACGAGUGCGGUAUUGUUUACUCACACAGAUAGGUAUACAGUGCCAGCAAAGAAAUCUUUACAAAGUGAAUAAGACGCAUAAAUCGGAAGAAUUAUGGUUCUAAUUUUGCAAAUUGAGACUUUGUCAUAUCAAUUAACUAUUUUACUUGAGAAUAAGCCUCAAAAAUUGCUUCUUUUGCACACUAUAAUAGAAAGGGACAGGUAGAUCAUAUACUAUAGUAGCGCCGUCACUUUUUUGUAUUUUCCAAGUAUAUUUUUCAAUAACAUUCUCGUAAACAUAUGCUGCAUAGUAUAUCAUUUGACAUAGUAAGUCGCUGAAAUACGGUAGUUUUUACUGAGGAGCUAUACUAAAUUGACAAUCAAGAUACACUAGAAAUAAACAAACCACGACACCUCAAUGUUACUACGGGCUCUCCUAAAUCAUAAUUUACAAUGUAUAUACUUUGUAUAAAUCCCAAAUUAUGUUUAACAAAGUUUAUACAUUGUAAAUCAUGAUUCGAGAGUGCUCCUGGUAACAUUGAAGUGUCUUGGUUUUUAUUUCUAAUGCAUCUUGAUUGUGAUUUUAGUAUAGAUCCUUCUACAAUUUAAAAUUAAUACAAAACAUUAAUUUUUUGUAUUUUGUGGAAACGCCAAAUGAACUUAUUUUGAGAUUAAAAUGCUGGCUUAUUCCUAACCAAGAUAGUAACUUGCAUGAAGAUGCCACAAGAAAAUAGCUUCAGAACAACAAUAUAAAAUAAUUCUAAAGAUACUGGUAACAACACAAUAACAACUGUAGUAAAUUAUUUUGAAUAAAACUUCAUCCUGUAAUUUUGGUAUGUUCUGAUCUUUAGAAACGUAUUAAAUUUUGAUCUCGUAAGAAUAUCAUUAGUUUAAGUAAACAUUUACAAACGAAACUAAGAGUUUUCGGCUAUAUCAAAAAUUCUACCUGAUUUCGUGCAAAUUUUCUUGUAGAAUUUUGGAAAAAUUUCCAUCCAUAUUAAUAUUGAAUUAUAUCAGAUAACAGUGAUAGUUGAAAAUAGAGAUGGUUCUUUCUCUAUUUUAGUUAUAAAUAGUUGUAUUGAGCUAGUAGUAGAUAAUUGUAUAGUUUAUUUUAUUUCAGGAUGAAAAAGAACUUAACAUUUUUUAUUUUUAUUGAACAAUAAACAGAACCUCAAAUGUUAACUGUUUUAAGUUGAUUUGUAAUAGAUUAUUUAACAUUAUUGAGUUAAACGAAGCUUACUAGAA